GAAGCAGGCGCCAGGCGUGAAGGGGCCGGCUCCCAACCCGCCCCCCGUCCUCAAGGUCUUCAACAGACCCAUCCUCUUCGACAUCGUCUCCCGAGGGUCCCCGGCCGGCCUGGACGGGCUCCUCUCCUUCCUCCUCACCCACAAGAAGCGCCUGACGGAUGAGGAGUUUCGAGAGCCCUCCACGGGGAAGACCUGCCUGCCCAAGGCGCUGCUCAACCUGAGUGGGGGCAAGAACGACACCAUCCCCCUCCUCCUCGACAUCGCCGAGAAGACAGGCAACAUGCGGGAGUUCAUCAACUCGCCCUUCAGGGACGUCUACUACCGAGGCCAGACAGCCCUGCACAUCGCCAUCGAGCGCCGCUGCAAGCACUACGUGGAGCUGCUGGUGGAGAAGGGAGCGGACGUGCACGCCCAGGCCCGCGGCCGCUUCUUCCAGCCCAAGGAUGAAGGCGGCUACUUCUACUUCGACCUGACGGAGAACGGGCACAAGCAGGCGGACCUGCGGCGCCAGGACUCUCGCGGCAACACCGUGCUGCACGCCCUGGUCGCCAUCGCCGACAACACCCGCGAGAACACCAAGUUCGUCACCAAGAUGUACGACCUGCUCCUCGUCAAGUGCGCCAAGCUCUUCCCCGACACCAACCUGGAGGCGCUGCUCAACAACGACGGCCUCUCCCCGCUCAUGAUGGCUGCCAAGACCGGCAAGAUUGGGAUCUUCCAGCACAUCAUCCGGCGGGAGAUCGUGGACGAGGACGCCCGGCACCUCUCGCGGAAGUUCAAGGACUGGGCGUACGGCCCCGUCUACUCCUCCCUCUAUGACCUCUCCUCGCUGGACACCUGCGGGGAGGAGGUGUCCGUGCUGGAGAUCCUCGUCUACAACAGCAAGAUCGAGAACCGCCACGAGAUGUUGGCCGUGGAGCCCAUCAAUGAGCUGCUGCGUGACAAGUGGCGCAAGUUCGGGGCCGUCUCCUUCUACAUCAGCGUGAUCUCCUACCUCUGCGCCAUGGUCAUCUUCACCCUCGUCGCCUACUACCGCCCCAUGGAAGGCCCCCCCCCCUACCCAUACACCACCACUGUCGACUACCUGCGUCUGGCCGGGGAGAUCAUCACCCUUCUCACCGGCGUCCUCUUCUUCUUCACAAACAUCAAAGAUCUGUUCAUGAAGAAGUGCCCAGGCGUGAACUCCUUCUUCAUCGACGGCUCCUUCCAGCUCCUCUACUUCAUCUACUCGGUGCUGGUGAUCAUCACGGCGGGGCUGUACCUGGGCGGCAUCGAGGCGUACCUGGCCGUCAUGGUCUUCGCGCUGGUCCUGGGCUGGAUGAACGCGCUGUACUUCACCCGGGGGCUCAAGCUGACGGGGACCUACAGCAUCAUGAUCCAGAAGAUCCUCUUCAAAGACCUUUUCCGCUUCCUCCUGGUCUACUUGCUCUUCAUGAUCGGCUACGCCUCAGCUCUGGUGUCCCUCCUCAACCCGUGUCCCAGCAGCGAGUCGUGCGGCGAGGAGCACUCCAACUGCACGGUGCCCACCUACCCCUCCUGCCGGGACAGCCAGACCUUCAGCACCUUCCUGCUCGACCUCUUCAAGCUCACCAUCGGCAUGGGCGACCUGGAGAUGCUCGAGAGUGCCAAGUACCCCGGCGUCUUCAUCAUCCUCCUUGUCACCUACAUCAUCCUCACCUUCGUGCUCCUCCUCAACAUGCUCAUUGCCCUCAUGGGGGAGACCGUGGGCCAAGUCUCCAAGGAGAGCAAGCACAUCUGGAAGCUGCAG